UGAGGGACCAUUGCCCGGUUCAACCCGGGCCAGUGUAAUAGAACUCCCUCAUUGAUUGUUGCUCGGGAAAGAAGCUGGGUUGGGUCCACGGAAUUUCAUACAGAGCCAGUUUUCUGCAACUGCACCACGCAUUUCUUUAGCUUUUUCAUAUUAACAUAAGCUUGAGGUACAUGCAUCGCUUAUUCUUAACAAGUAGUUAGCUAGUGCCGAGGGUUUGAACCAAUUUAAAACAGAGUCGGUAACCUAGCAAGAUCGUGCAUUCAUUUUCGACGAAAGCAAAACGAGUGCGAAUGACGAGAACGCAUUCGCUAAACUAGUUUUCGAUAGGUUUUCAACCUAACUAGCUAGCUGAAAUAUAACCAGACAUGGACGACAAGUCAUUCACUAAGGAAUUGGAUGGGUGGAUUGAGCAACUCGGCGAAUGCAAGCAGCUCUCGGAAAACCAAGUCAAAGCCCUUUGCGAGAAGGCCAAAGAGAUCCUGACGAAGGAGUCUAAUGUGCAGGAGGUGAGAUGUCCAGUCACCGUGUGCGGGGAUGUCCAUGGCCAGUUCCAUGACUUGGUGGAGCUGUUUAAAAUCGGAGGGAAGUCUCCGGACACCAACUACCUCUUUAUGGGAGACUACGUGGACAGGGGCUACUACUCUGUAGAGACAGUCAGCCUCCUGGUAUCUCUCAAGGUUAGGUACCGUGAGCGAAUCACAAUCCUUCGAGGGAACCACGAGAGCAGACAGAUCACCCAGGUGUACGGCUUCUACGACGAGUGUUUAAGGAAAUACGGAAACGCCAACGUCUGGAAGUACUUCACAGACUUAUUUGACUAUCUGCCCCUCACUGCCCUGGUAGAUAACCAGAUCUUCUGUCUCCACGGUGGACUGUCCCCCUCAAUAGACACAUUGGAACACAUCAGAGCGCUGGAUCGCUUACAGGAAGUUCCUCAUGAAUGUGUGACCUGCUGUGGUCAGACCCUGAUGACCGUGGYGGCUGGGGCAUCUCUCCCCGCGGUGCCGGCUACACCUUUGGACAGGACAUCUCAGAGACUUUCAACCAUGCUAACGGACUCACCCUGGUCUCCAGAGCUCACCAGCUCGUCAUGGAGCCUUCAGUUUGAUCCCGCCCCUCGCAGAGGAGAGCCCCAUGUGACCCGSCGCACUCCUGACUACUUCCUGUAAAAGAUCCCAAUGCUUGUAAAGCAUUGCUGUAGAAUCUUCUUAGUCAACGUGAAGGAGAAGGUGGGGAAAAGGGAGCAACUGACCAUCGGUAUAGAGUUGUGACAAAUUAAGCAUCCAUGGACCAAAAUGUGUGCCAUAACUUCACAAUGCAAAAAUGGAGAGGGGGGGGGGGGAAAUCUGAUUCAACUUUAAAGAAGACCACACAACCUACACCCACCACAGUCCACUUCCUACUCUCUGCAUGUUGUAUUUAUGUCUCUGAAAAUGAUUCUUCAUUAUAAAGACUACAGUGGCUGUGUAGUGCACUAUAUAUAGUUAAAAGGGUGCCAUUUUGGAAGGAGACAGUCUCACAGUACCUGCUGGUUUUGUCAGGUAAAAGAUCUACUUUGAAUGAAUGCAUCUGCUGAGAUUAAUGCUUAAAUGUAACCCUUGUGUUAGGACUGUAAUUAAGAUAUAGAAUGGUUCGCCAGAACUAAACUCAUCAUGACCUCAAACUGGAAGGUUGCGGUAAAACAUGUUGCGACAUUUUGUUUCUAACAAAUUCAAUGGCUUUUUUUUGUGCGUGUGAAUUGAAAUCGUUGUUUUCAGGGUUGGUUGGGCGUUGGGUGGAAUUGAAUUCUUCUGUUUGCACUUUUGUAUUUAAUUUUUAUCACAUGACACUGACAAACUACUACAUUCUGUUUUAUAUUUCACCCCCAGAAAAAUUGCUUUUCUGUCACUCACCUGUCUGUCACGUGAGUGACAUCUAAUUCAGUUAGGAACACCUGUACAAAAUGAUAUCCCUUGUUAUACACUGAACAAAAAUAUAAACGCAACAUGUAAAGUGCUGGU